CUGUGGGUCUCUCUUCCGCUCCGGUUGGACUCAUCACACGGCGGAUCGAGUCGAACUACCUACCAGCUGCCAGCCUACCCAGCCAGCCAGCCAGCCAACAACAGCAGUAAGCCAGCCUGCCUAGUAAGCCAGCGCCAAAUGCACUUCCAUUCCAUCAGCCUUUUCGGUCCCCACAGCGAGCGGCGGUUCAGUCCGUGUCAGCAGCAGGUCGAGUAAAGACGCAUUUAAGCAACGAGUGCCAAUCCGCGCGCGCAUAUACACCAGUCUAUCUACACACCCCGAAAGGUCCUUGAUUCGCGCACAUCUCAGCCAGCAACGCUGCUGACGGUGGUGGCCCCGUCGUUCGGUAUCAGUCAGUCAGUCAGGCAGGCAGUUCUGCUUUAGGUACCCGAUUGGUGUAGGUUUUGUGCGAAGCUAUAUCCCACGGGGCCUACGACGACGUGAGUGUCGGCAGUGUGUGAGUUGGGUCGGUCGGUCGGUCGGUCGGUAGCAUACGGAACAGCCGCAGUAGAAAAAAUUACCUCUCGAUUGGUCCGGCCGAGAAGAAAGAAUAUCAUCAACAUUUUGUGUGCCAUACGGUUCAGUGUGUGUCAGUGUGGUGUGCUGGUCGUGGACGGACGACAAAGAUUAGGAAGAGCGAUUGUGUGAACCUAGAACUGUGUCAUCGUAAAUUCCUUGGAGUUUGAGCUGGUUUUUCCCAAUAUCCUGUUAGACCGAUUGGUAGUUAGUUGCUAAAGUGCUUACGAAAUAACAAUAAAAAGUAGGCAGCACGAUGGGAAAGAUGUCCGGAAGUCAUUGUCUGGUAAUGGGUUGCCGUAAUAGGCAAUUGCUGAAUCAGACCAACACCAGAUCGUAUUUUCGAUUUCCUCGAGAUCCUGAUAUGUGCAAGCAGUGGGUCGAAUUCUGCAACCGGCCCGAACUGUGGAAGAAAUAUGCCGAAAAUGGCCCCGAGUACCUGUACAAGAGUUCUCGAAUCUGCUCCGAUCACUUUCAGCCGAGCGAUUUCAACAAUCCAAAUCUUUUCAGUCAAGGGCUGAAAAAAGGUUCAGUGCCGACACAGUAUCCAGCCAGUAAAGAACCAAAGAAUCGCUACAGUAUUAGCGGAAUAGGACUGGGGCUGGCUGGUGGUGGUGGUGGUAGUAUCGGUGGCAAUAAUUCGCCACCCAACCACCACAACAACAACAACGACAGCGAGUCACCACUCGUCAUGCCAAUGUCAACGAAGCGACCGCUGUCGUCGCCGCCUUCAGCACAGCAGCCGGUUGCCAAGCAGCGAAGAUCACUCCCCGCCGCCCUCAACCUUAGUACCAGCACCAGCAACAACCAUGCUGCCGUGAGCGGCGCGCUAGCCGGACUGAUUCAACGCCAGCAGCUGAAAGAGCAACAGCGGAAAGCGUUUGCUGCAGCCCUACAGCUCCAACAUCGACAGCAGGUACCGAACCAGCAGCAGACACGAUCGCUGCUGGCCUCGCUGAAGCAAAAACCCAACUCAAACAACAACAAUAACAACAACAACAACCACAUCAGCAGCAACAACAAUAACAACAAUACCAGCAGCGGCAAACUAGCAGCUGCUGCCGCACAGGAAAAGCUCGAGGAUGAACGGGGGUACGGAAUCAACUACGUGGACAUGGACGGAGGAGAUUCCUCCGAGUACGAGUCGGGCCUGCAGAGUGCGGUGGAAAAGGAACUGGCCGCCUACAAGCAGCUGCAGCAGAUGAAGGCCGUCAAGGCGGCGGCCGCGGUUAUUCCCGCAUCGCUGAAAGCCGAACUUACCGUGACACCGGCGGUCAACCACAGCCACAGCAACGGUCACCACUCGGCGGCGGCGGCGCUGAACGGGGCGAUCAACUACAAGGAAAAGUACGAGCAAACGCUGAAGGAACUGUUCGCCUGCCGUAAGAUCGUCAAGAACCAGAACAACGCCAUCAAGCAGCUGCAGGGCGAGAUAGAUUUCCUCAACCAACUGCUGAAGGAGAAAUGAUGCCCUUUACUAGGCGGGGCCAGUAGCAAUAGGGGCAGCAGCAGCAGCAGCAGCAGCAACAGCCGGGUGCCAAUGGUUUUUUAGGUCUAGGUCGUAUCUCGAGUGUGGCGCGGAAGAAACUUCGUUUCUACUUUGUAUUAUAUGGAUUGCGUGUGGUAGCCACAGUUCAGAUAUAGUUUUAGUUUUAGUAUUAGGUUUUUAAACAAAACCAUUAUUUUACGUCCCUUCCUCUUUUAGUGCCAGUAAAGCGGUUAUUUUUCUUUUUAGAUUGUACUUCCCGGUCAGUGACGUUCGUCACUGGGACCGUCUAGUUACCAUUUUAGCACUGUUUUAAAGCCAGCACAAAUAACAUGUUUUUUUUUUUGGAAAAUCUAAACAUAAAAUCAUUCACAUACCGAAAAGAGCGCAGCAGUUGAAGAAGUCCCUCACCAUACAUAGUCGCUGCUGUAUGGUUUCGCAUGAAAAUACAUUCCGAUUGUGAGUAAAUUGUGUUUAGCAAUGCAAUCUCUUGAGAAAUAUUUAUCUUAGGGCUUUUUGUAAGUUACAAGAGUGCUUGCUUUUAAAAAUAUAGUUUUGGAUCUUGUAUGUUAGAGAUAGAACGCCAACAACACGCCCGCUGGGCGAUUGGGUGUGUGGGCUAGACACAACAUAUAUUUACUAAAAACCCAUAAGCUGCCGGACGCCGAUUUAUACCGGAACUCAAUCCGAUUUCGAAAACAAACAAAAAAACAGUUAUACGAAAACAUAAAACAGGAGAUGAAUGCGCCUUGAACCAGUAAAUUUAGUGUAAAAGUAAAAAGCUUAGCAAAACAUUUACAUGUAACAAAAAACGGGAAAACGGAGGUUUCGCCACGACAAAAAAAAACAAAGAUGAAAACAAAACUUUGAUAAGCUCUUCUGAUAGGUGGUAAACUUGUAUAAUAGUUGGUAAAGUUAGUAGAUUUAAGGUAGUCUGUACAUAACGUCGUGUCGGACCGAGUGGAUGUGGACGUCCUUACAAACAACACAAAAUAAACGAAACGUAACUAGUAGUUACAACCUUAAAAGUGCGUAUAUCUUCAAAGGUUUAUUAUCUCUAGUUGGAAAAGCAGAAGAAGGAAACCAAAACAAAUGCCAGCAUUAUUUAAGAUUGAGUUAGGCUAAGCAGAAAAUGUGGUGUUGAUUUAAAAAUCAUAGUCUAUAUAUAAAGUGCGAAACAAAACCAAAUAAAACGA